AUGUCAUUCAUAGAUAAGGUUUCACAUCCUAGAUCUGCUGGUGGAAAGCCCAAGCCACUCGCAAAACCAACAGGUUUUAUUCCAACUCCAAGAACUCUUUCACCAAACAGUACUCCCCAAGGUGAAUCAUUCUAA